AUGCUCUGGCUGCGCACUGACACAGGGGUUUCUCCUUCCGUGCAGGCGCUGACUGACCAGCAGCAGUUUGGCAAGGCUGAUGAAAUGUACGAUAAAUGCAUCGACCUUGAGCCAGACAACGCCACUACGUAUGUUCAUAAAGGUUUACUGCAGCUCCAGUGGAAGCAGGAUUUAGACAAAGGGUUAGAGCUCAUAAGCAAGGCCAUUGAAAUCGAUAACAAAUGUGAUUUCGCAUACGAAACCAUGGGAACGAUUGAAGUGCAAAGAGGUAAUCUGGACAAAGCCAUUGAAAUGUUCAACAAAGCUAUCAACCUGGCCAAAUCUGAAAUGGAGAUGGCCCACCUCUACUCCCUCUGCGAUGCUGCCUAUGCCCAGACAGAAGUGGCAAAGAAGUACGGAUUGAAACCGCCAACGCUGUAAAGGAGCGAGGAGGAAAUGACCUUCCAAAGUGAAGUUGCCCACUUCAGCCAGCCCUAAAGACGCUGUUGCGGACCAUGUUGAAUGGUGGAACUUAGUUUUUUCCCGUUCGUGGUGUUGUCUUUGCUACAUCUGUUCAAUGUUUAGGUGUUGUGGGAGUGGUUGUUCCAGGAAGUCCGCGGUGUCGCACCUUGUUCCUUCCGCAGCGAGAACCUCAGAGCGCGUCAAGGGUAAUACAGCUGCAGGGGAACAGAAGGGAGAUACUUCGGUCGUGCAAAUAAAAACUUCACGCUG